GAACUGGCCCAUCCUGCUUCCUACCAACAUCAUCUCGUACGCUGGAGGCGAGCGAGGUGUCCGAACCUUCUCCUUUCCGCGGGCUGAGAGCCCAAAUUUGAAGCUUGAGUCUUCGACCACGGGCUUGUGGCGUGUCCUCUGAUCACCCCCGGUUAUUCAUCAAAGUUGACUUCAACUUCGGGAACAAUAGCACUCAGCGCAUCCCGCUCGGUGCUCCCGCGAAAUGGCCUCACCAAGUCGUCCGGAGACGAACGAACCGCAGGGCGAUGGCCACUACGCCAAGUAUCGCAAGCGACGCGCGUACAAUCAGCGAGCUUGCGAUAAAUGCAGGAGAAAGAAGAUCAGAUGUGACGGCAUUCAGCAAGGCUCGACCCAAUGUUCGAAUUGUGCGGCCAGUAAAUCCGAGUGCACGUACGAUGAACCGCACAAGAAACGAGAUAUCUCGCCCAGUUCCGUCGACAAUCUGGAGAAACGACUAGAGCGCGCGAUGGUACUCCUGAAGAAGUUCUACUCUGAAAAUGAAAUAACCAAAGCGCUUGAGGACGACGAGGCGAUGAUGCGCCUUCGCUUCGCCAGCGAGCCUAGCAGCCUUACGCAGUCCUCACCCGGGCACUCGUCGCCGGCCUUCAGCGGCAGCCCCUCCGGCCAUCUUUCUACUGAACCAGGAUGUCAGUCUCAGGCCAACGGGUCUGACGACGAGGAUUCGCCGCACGAUAUCAGCGAGUAUCUGAAGAGAAUGCACGUCGGCGACAACGUGGUACGAUUCUGGGGCAAGUCGAGCGGCGUCAUGCUCGUAAAGAGCGCAGUAAGCUUCAAGAGCUCAAUAUCGGAGACCGGAGAGGAACACUGGGCGAGCUCGAUACUGGCGAUGCGUAGGCCGCAGUUCUGGCAUCAAUUACCAUGGGAAGAUGCACCCGACCCGGCCGCCCAACACCGCAAGUAUACCUUCCCCCCGGACGACCUCCUGAUGACUCUUGUAAAUCUCUACUUCCGCGAGAUCAACAUCUUCUGCCCGCUUCUCCACCGACCUACUUUCGUCACCGAUAUUGUUGCUCGUCGUCACCACACAGAUCGCGACUUUGCCCCUGUAAUCCUGCUGGUGUGUGCUAAUGGCGCGCGAUUCUCUGAUGACCCGCGCGUUCUCGUCGAAGGCACAACUUCGCGACACUCAGCGGGCUGGCAGUGGUUCCGCCAAGUCCAACAUCUGAAACCGUCCCUCUUUCGCCCUCCUUCCCUGUAUGACGUGCAGUACUGCGUUCUGUCGGUACACUUUCUUCAAGCGACCUCUGCUCCGCAGGCUUGCUGGGGUGUCAUCGGCGCAGGAAUACGCAUGGCGCAAGAUGCCGGCGCGCAUCGUCGUCGAUCCGCGAGGACAGCCUCGAAAGCCGAAGACGAACUGUGGAAAAGGGCUUUCUGGAUCCUGGUCUACGUCGAUUGGAUGAGCGCUCACUCCUUAGGACGCCCUUGCGCUACGCAGGAGAUGGACUUCGACCUGGAAUACCCCAUCGAAUGCGACGACGAAUAUUGGGAUCAUCCAGACCCCGCCAAAGCCUGGAAGCAACCGCCCGGAAAGCCGUCCAUGAUGUCGUACUUCCUCGCCAAGCUACGACUUGCGGUCAUAAUACCGAAAUGCCUGAGGACUAUCUACAGUCUCAAAAACUCGCUGACCUGCGAGCAGAACCACGAGAUCGUAGCCGAACUCGACUCAUCCUUCAAUGAAUGGGCGAAUACGAUACCAGAACAUUUACGGUGGAACACCGAGAUCAAAGAUGACCUCUUUCUGCGACAGUCUGUCGACUUGUACACCCUUUACUAUACGCUUCAAAUCCUCGUCCACAAGCCAUUCAUCCCGAGGCCUCGCAGGCCCGCGUCAUUGGCAUACCCAUCGCUGACUAUAUGCACCAACGCGGCGCGGUCUUGCAUCCAUAUAAACGACGUCUACAUGCGCCGUAUGGGGAAGCCUCUGCAUGUCACCUUUGUCCCUCAAGUACAGUCCGGCAUUGUCUUGAUAUUGAGCAUCUGGAAUAGCCGGUUGAAUGGUCAGGCAGUCGAACCUAGCAAGGAGACGCUGUAUGUUCAGAAAGCCAUGGCGUAUUUGAAAGCCCUUGAAGAUCGCUGGCAUCUACCUGGGCGUCUUUGGGAUGUCCUCUAUGGGUUGACGGUUAUUGGAAACGUGCACAAUCCGACAGCCUCUGCAGAGGGUACGCAGACCAAGCGUCGCCCCGAUUCCGACGCAACGGAAGGUCACCGCCGGUCCACGUCCUUCUCGUCGCAAUAUACGGGUACUUUUGCUCAACCAAGCUCAUCUGCUACAUCAGCCUUCACCAGUUUCCCUCUUCCCAUGCACGGCUGGUAUCCUCAGGACAAUAUGCAGACUGACGACACCGGAGACACCGGUUCAGCAAGCCAGAAUGACCUAGGAGCAGUGGACGAUAUGAUGGCUGCCAUGAUAGACCCGUCGGGCUUCGACUUCAACGCCGCAUUCAGCUACUCGCCGCUGGAUCCGAGCGCCAUGACGCAGACCCCGCUAACGGGUCCGGCUCUUCCGAAUCGUCAGCAAACGCACUGGCCCGCCGACUCGGGCGCCGGGGUCGGCAUAUCGCCGUCUACCGCGGAUGCCAGCACCACCGGUAAUUGGAAUCCGGGGACGCAGGAACUCAACGAUUGGACGACGUCGUUCUGGAGCGAUGUGCUCUGGCAGAUCCCGCCGCCGGAGACAGGGCAGAAUGGGCAGAAUCCCCUCUAGAAGCCCCUCCAGUAUCACGGCUUGGCAUGAGAGAAGUGCGUACUGUAUUCAACAUUGUAAUUGUGCGUGUCAGAUUAUCACAACCGCUACUUCGCAUCGGA